AACUGGCAAACCGGGUCCCUGCGACCGGACUUCCGGCUAGGGGGCGUGGCCUCGCGCUGUCUCUGGACGGGGCGGGGCCUGCUGGGCAGAGCUGGAGCCGCACCCUAGCAGAACUGCGCAGCUCCAGUCUACACCAGGCGUGCGAAGGUGAUCCAGAGCCAAGAUGGCUAUCCUCUCUAAGGAAUAUGGUUUCGUGGUCCUCACUGGUGCUGCCAGCUUUGUGAUGGUGAUGCACCUGGCUCUCAACGUGAACAAGGCCCGCAAGAAGUACAAGGUGGAGUACCCUGUCAUGUACAGCACAGAUCCUGAGAAUGGCCAUCUCUUCAACUGCAUUCAGCGAGCCCACCAGAACACGUUGGAAGUGUAUCCUCCCUUCCUAUUUUUUCUAGCUGUUGGAGGUGUUUACCACCCGCGCGUAGCUUCUGGCUUGGGCCUGGCCUGGAUUGUUGGGCGAGUUCUUUACGCAUAUGGCUACUACACAGGAGACCCUAGCAAGCGGUAUCGUGGAGCUGUGGGGUCUCUUGCCCUCUUUGCCUUGAUGGGCACAACAGUGUGCUCUGCUUUCCAGCAUCUUGGCUGGAUUAGACCCAGCUUGGGCGGUGGGUCAAAGUGUCAUGUCACCACUGAAAAAAUCAUAGGGGUUCAACUCUGAUUCAUUUUGAAUGACUUACCUUUAUUUCCAGUUACAUUUUUUUCCAAAUAUAAUAAAAACUUAUAUGGCAUUAGCCUCAUAUCUAAAC